AUGCCUACAGAUGUGCCCGAAGACAGCACCAACGCCGAGGAACCAUCGACCAAGUGUGACAGUAUGACUCUGUCUAGUACCCCAACUGUUCGGCGAGGAAGCACUCCUCUGCCAAUCAAACAUCAGCUUAGAAGAGAGGAAGCUGUCCAUGAUGAUUGCGAUUGGACACUAUCUGUGGCUGGACCUUCUCCACCUCCAAUCAGCUUCAGCCCAGCUCUGGAAGACACGUUGCCUGGGGUUGUUGAAGGCAGAUCUGAUGGGCCUCUGAGGAUUGCCCUGCUUGGGCAGAAUGGGGUAGGAAAGUCAUCCCUGGCCAUCACCCUUGCUGGAGAUAUGGACAGGGCUGCCUCUGUGGAUUCUGAUGGGGAGGGCUACAUGCGCACAAUCACCGUAGAUGAGGAGGAGAGCACCAUCAUUAUCUAUGACAACUGGAGACAGGACCUGUCGGCGCUGCAGUGUGAGGUGUGUGUUCUGGUGUUCUCGGUGACAGACAGGCGGAGUUUCCAUCGCACCGCCCAACUCCGACUUCUCUUGAGGGAGACUCAGCCCCAGACUCCCAUCAUCCUUGUUGGUAACAAGAGUGACCUCGUUCGCUCUCGUGAGGUCAGCACUCAAGAGGCCAUGUCCAGUGCAGCCUUGUUUGAGUGUCUGUAUCUGGAGAUCUCUGCCUCUCUUGAUCAUCGCACCCCAGAGCUUUUGGAGUCUGCAGUGAGGCUAGCCAGGGGGCUGACCCCAUGGCCCCCGGGAACCAGUGGGGAGGACAUGACCGGAGGGGGCCAGCGUGAAAGCAUAACAUCCCGUGCCAAACGCUUCCUGUCUAACCUGGUCCCACGGUAUCCACGUGACAGAGAGCGAGAAGCAGGCAAGUUCUUCAGGCAGAAGUCCCGGUCUUGCCAUGACCUGGGGGCACUGUGA